GACUCCGACGUCCCCUGUGUGUAUGGAGAGCGGAAAUAAAACACGCUCUCUGCACGUUAAAGAAUCAUUACAUCAACGCACUGAGUGUUGGACAUAGAUGCUGAAAGCUCACCGUCUCAUCUCGGUCAGUGAAUGAAAAAUAAACGUGCAAUGAAGAUAAAUCAGAAAAAAAAUAAUAACGUUAUAUGGGUAUUCAAAAUAAAAUUUCAAAACGACAAUAAAUCAUAUGCGUAGCAUACAGUUCCACACCAUUAGGUUUUCUAAGUAAAUGAUCCAAAGAAGAUGAACGAAUAAAAUAUUUUAUAAGGACAAAUCAAUUAUCAAUUUUUAGAAACUGCCUCGGUGGUCUCGUGGUGGCGUGCUUGCCUUGUGUGUGAGAGUAGUCGGUUCGAUUCUCAUCCGGGUCAAAACUAAUUGAUAUUUGCUGUUUCUCCGCUGCUUAUUUAGGAUUAAAAAGGAGUAAGAGCGAAUACUGGUCAGCUCGGAGUCAAACUAAUGUGUUCAGGCAGGAUGGCAUUUUUUUCUACGGACUAUUCAUAUUGAUCAGUUUCUCGUCCCGAUAUUCAUGUGAUACUUUCCACUUGACGUGUACUAAAAAUACAAUUUCUAUUGAUGUAAUCUAAAGAGCGUUUGUCACCCGGAUUAGAUAAGCGGAUGGUAUAUCAAAUUUUGAGAACAGUAAUAAUCUUUGAUUUUUAUUUUGACAUCGUAUGUUUCAAAUUCAUAAAAAAAAAAGUCACACGGAAGGACGAAACGAAACCUCAAUAAACCUUUAAAAUGUUAAUGCGUCAACGUUUCUUAAAAAUCAUUCAUUCUAAGAAGUUUUUAAUUGUUAAACGUUUGACAUCACCAGAUACUUCUAUGAUUUGCCAGUAUGCGGAAAUAGGUAUUCCACAAAAUAGUUUCGUUGUGCAAUAUUCAAUUUUACAUUUUAUCUCCAGCAUAAGUUCAUAUUUUUUAACUUAUUGGUGGCUGCUUAACGUACAGCAGCAAAUAUAGCAUGCAUAUAUAUUCAAGACACCAUGUUUUUUUCUGAUCUGUAGCAAUUCGAUGCGCUAAGCCGGAUAUUUAUAAAGAAGAUAUGUCACCAAAAUCCGCGCUAUGUCAAUAUAACACAAAAUAGAAAAGUUAUUGAAUUUGUUAUUUUCAAACAGUUUAUUUCUCAAAGACGCGUCAUACUGUUUUGGUACAUGUAACUUGGCAUUUUUAAAGAAUAGUUUGAUUGUUGGCGUUUAAUGCCACAUUCAGCACAAUUGGCUACGUUAUGGGGGCUGGUUUUUAUUGGUGGAGGAAGCCGGAGUACCCGGAGAGAACCAUCGACCGUCACGUCAAAACUAACAAGCCUAGGCAAUUAAGAUCGAAGUCGAAGGCACCUUGUCACAAGCGGGGUAAGAACUCACAACGUCAGUGUUGACAGGCUAAGGAUUACAGAAGAUGGAUUACUUAGACCAGUCGGUCAUCGGGGAUCCACUGUUAUUAUGUAUAGCAGAAAUCAGGCGGGAAAACCUAGUAAGUUUGAAUAUUUUUUGACAAAUACUUCAUUAAAAAGGAAGGAAUAAUUGAAGGAUUUUUGUAAGAAUAUAACUCUAGGUGAUAAACAUCCAUAUAAUUAUAAAUUACCCAGGAACAUACAGAACAAACCCUGUUUAAUAUGAUAUGUCAUAUGUCCGACGAAUAAUGUGUUCUGUGUUUCAGUUUCCUUUGUAUUUGUUUACAUAAAUGCAUACUUGGAUAAUUUAAAAUAGACAUUAUUCUGGUCACUAACGUUUAUUGACUUGUGACAUUUCUGAAUACUAUAAUUCUCAAUAAAGAUUCUAUAUUUAUCUAUUUGAAGUGGUUAUAGUGAGCUAAUAAACAGUAAGCCGUAAAAGGAGAUGUACUAUAUUUUACUCAACACUGACUUUGACGAUUAGGGAAUAUAAUUCUUAUUCUUCUGUGGCACUUGAUAUUUCAUUGGUUACACAAAUGUAAGCGGGAGAGUGUUUUGUCUUUGUUUUCAGUGUUAAUUCAUUUUCACUAUGUGAGACUUUGAGACAAUUUUUGCCAACACACCAUCAGUCUUAACUGAAUAGAAAAACAUUAUGUCCACUUCUCAUUUUUCUGCGCAAAACCCCAAUUAGUUUUUUCCAGUAAAUCUGUUAAUCGAAACUCGUCUUAGCUCAUAUCAUAUAUAAGAUUUUCUAAGAAAAGUUUAUAUUCUUGAGUGUAAUCAAGUAACUUUUGCAGUAUUUACAGUUAUAAAAAAUGCACAUUACAUUAAUUUUUAUUCAUGUCAUUAAUGUCUCUACAGACGAUAGCACCAAAUAAAUACGAUACUUUAGCAAUGGUUCACACAAGUCGCACUAUGUGUUCUGCACAUCAGGGAUCAAAUUUUCUUGGAUGGCAUAGAGUCUAUCUUCUAUUGUAUGAAACUGCUCUCAGACAGAAAGAUAAAUCCGUUGUUUUACCUUACUGGAACUCUGUGCUUGACAAUCAAAACAUAACUGACCCAAAACAAACAGUCUUGUUUACGAAAGAUUUUCUCGGCAAUGGAAACGGAAAUGUCACUGACGGCCCAUUCAAGUACUGGCGAGAUAUUUACAAUUGCCCAUUAAACAGGAACAUAAGUCGACCUGGAUCGGAGCUUCUGUCACCAGAAAUAGUAGAAUGGAUUGAAAAUGAUAAUUCAGUUUUUCUUGUUGAAGAUAUUAUAGAUCAUUUGGGGAGUGCAGAGAGAAUUAAAACAAUAGAGGGUCAGCACAAUCUUCCUCAUGGUUGGGUAGGAGGGAUGAUGGGUAUACUAAGUUCCUCACCGAAAGAUCCUGCUUUCUUUUUACACCAUGCUUACAUAGACUAUAUAUGGGAGAAGUUUAGACAAAAACAACUAAGACUUGGAAAAGACCCUGAAUAUUAUACCGGUUUAGGUGUAUCAGAAUGGAUAAGUGAGUCCCAAAACUAUAACUUGACACUUUUCCACAACCCUCAUCGUAACAUGGACUGUUUCCAAUGGAUGAAAAACAUUGACGGAUAUUCAAAUAACUUUACAGAGAACUUAUAUGUGUAUGAAGAUUCUCCUACAUAUCCUGACUGUGGUAACACUAAAUAUCUCAAUUGGAACACUCUGCUAAAUAGAUGCAUUGGAAUAAACCCCGUGUCAUCAGCAGUUCCACAGAGCAUAAAACCUUACUACGUCCACUUGAUUAUAAUUAUAUCUGUUUCCUUCAUUUUGUUAUUCAUAAUUUCUUUCUCGGUUUUUCUGACUCUUAGAAAAAUCAAGAGAGUAACAAUUUUUACGGUCUCUAACGAGGAACUAAAACCGUUAUAUAGAAGGUCAAUUUCAAAUAUCUGAUACUUUCAAAUUAUAAAACAAAGUAUCACAUCGAUCAAUAUAAUGAAAAGAUAAUCAAUACUCUGACAUACCUUUUCAUUACCUUCAAACUUGUAGCAAUUAUUUUUUUUUAAAUCUUCAAUUCUUCUUAUUUCACUUUCUAAAAAUUGCCAACAAUUUUAUUUAUUUAUUGGCAGCUUUCUAAUUUAAACAAAUAAAGGCACAGACAACUGAAUAUUAUUUAGCGUUGGUAAAAAACAUUAUAUGUUAAUAUAGUUUAUAGAGCUGCUUUUCGUUUCUUAUAUUAACAGUAAACAAGAGUUCACAUGCU